CUCACAGUCCAGGCCCACUUCUUCUUCGUCGCUAACGCGUAGCUCCCUCCUCCUCCCUGUCCCGCGGCAGGCGACACGGCGGUCCCUGGUGCGUUGCUACUUGCCAGCACCCAGCGGGCAAUCGCUAACCGCGCCGGAUGCCGGAUGCCGCCUGCCCCAGCCACCACGCUUGCCUCCUUCAACUCCCUCCUCGCGUCGCUAGCGCGCUCCGGCCGCCCCGCGCAGGCGCUCUGCACGUUCCGGGACAUGCUUGCGCGGGGCGUCCGGCCGGACCAAUUCACCUUGCCCCCCGUGCUCCGCUCCUGCACGCUCACAGGCGACGCGGGCCUAGCCUCCACCUCCCACGCGCUCGUCGUCAAGCUCGGCGCCCAGGAAAACCUCUUCGUGGCGUCUGCGCUCGUGCUCUGUUACGCGGGCCUGUCGAACCUCCCGGACGCCCGGAGGCUGUUCGACGGAAUGCGCGAGCGGGACGCGGUCCUGUGGACUUCCAUGCUGUCCGCCUACGCGCAGGGAGGGGAACCAGACGCGGCGCUGCGGUUCUUUGGUAGCAUGGUGGCAGCAGGGAUGGAGCUGGACGCGGUGGUCAUGGUCAGCCUGCUGCUCGCUUGUGGGCAGCUCGGGUGGCGCCGCCAUGGAAGAAGUGUGCACGCCUGCUGUGUUCGGAGGUUCCUAGGGAUGCCACUGUCCCUUGGCAACGCACUUGUGGACAUGUACGUCAAGUGUGGGGACUUUGCAUUCGCCGAGAGGGUGUUUGCUGGGAUGCCUAGACGGGAUGUUAUCUCGUGGAGUGCUCUGAUCCUUGGUCAUGGUUUGAAUGGGCAUUCUGAUGUUGCAUUGAGAUUCUUCGAUAGAAUGGAAGCUGAAGGAAUCCGACCGAACUCAGUUACUUUUCUUGGGGCAUUGUCAGCUUGUGCACAUUCAGGCAUGGUGGACAAAGCGUAUGCAAUCUUAAAGGGGAUGAAACUGUGGGGUAUUGAGCCUGAACUGAAACACUACUCUUGUAUGGCUGACACGCUUGGGAGAGCAGGGCAUGUUGUCGAGGCUGUGAAGCUCAUAGAGGAAAUGCCUUUUGAGCCUGAUGAGGCCAUUCUUGGAGGUGUACUGGCAGCCUGCCGAGUGCAUGGAGAAAUGGAGUCUGCUGAAUGGGUUUCAAAGAGAUUGAUGGACAUGUCUCCUGGAAAGAGUGGCUACUAUAUGAGCUUGGCAAACAUAUAUUCAGAUGCUGGGAGGUAUAGUGAUGCAGAGAGAAUAAGAGGCUUGAUGAAAGAAGUUAAAGUCAACAAGCUUCCUGGACAUAGUUCAGUAGAAUUAGAUGCUGAUAGGUUCCAUAUAAUGAGCAAUUGAGUCUGAAGUGCUUGAACAAAAUCUACUCUGUUGGGGCACACACCUCACUACUGCAGUGUAUGCAUUAAGUUAAAGGGUAAAGAGAAAAGAGUACGUCAUACAAUAGUGGAAGAAAGAGGGAAUGAGAUGCAUUGGCAACUCAGUGCGAGUAUACACUAUACAAUAGUUAGGCUCAGUGUUUCGUGUUACUGUAUUGUGCUAAAAUGUGAGGAAGCCACUUCUUGAGAUGAUAUGGAUAGGUUGAUAGAGAUAAAGCAUUAUGGUCACAAAUUGAAAUCACACAAUCUUUCAGUGUCUUUAAGAAAGGAGAAAGGGACUGUCCACUAUGUGUGGUUUGGAGGUUAUCACAGCUUUUGAAACUGACAUAUGGCCUCCAGGUCUGUGGACACAUGAGCAGAAAUGUUUGGUCAUGAGUCAAGACUCACUCUAUGUUCACAAGUGGAUGCCACUGUUGUGGGUUUCUUUGCUGAUCUGUUCUCUGUCACAAACCUUGUCUUACUAUAGGACACGAGAUGGUAAAAUCUAAAAUGAUAGCUAAAGAGGGUUCUAUUGACUAAGUUCGUCACUUAGUCUUAUAUGUAGUAGCUAAUAGACAUCUCAAGCACUUAGUCUUAUAUUGACUAAGAUGGCCUCAAUUUUUCUGGUGUAUUAAGUUUCUGCAUUGAUUCUUGAAUACUGCACAGUUCCUUGAUACAACUAUUACAUGAACCGAGAAGUAUCUGCAAUGUGAUAAUAUCUGUACAUGAACUCGUGAGGCAAAAGGUAUUGACUUUCUUUUUCACAAUAGUUUUCUCUGCA